AUGGGCCUUGGAUACUGCAUCGUCUCGUUCGCCAUGCUGACCGGGACGCCCAUCGACGGAGCGCUCCUCGGGCAAGGCUCCGUGUGCAGUGGCCCAAGCCGGCCCGUCGUAUUCAGCGCGGUCGUGAUGGUGGCCGGCGCUGGGUUUACGUGUAUAGGGAGACAUUUCCUCGUAAGGGUGAAGGGCACGCAGUGGACGUAGAUGGGCGGA